GGGAUAUUUAACUUGAGUAGAAAGCGGAGAUUUCUGCACAAACACGAUCCGCAAGACCUGCUGUAAACUCACGCGCUCGUCAAGUGUGCAAACUGAGGGAUACGUUGUUUACACAACAAGAUAGACGGGGAUCCUAAAGAUAUGAACGCGCCGAGGAUUUAAACAACAAAAAUAAAUCAAAAGAGAACAUCAGGAAAUACCACGCAGGGUGAAAUGACAUGACAUGAUGUCCACGCAGAGCUCGUGAGAGGACAGUUGUCGCUGCAGCACGCGGUCUACGCAGUCGCGUCAUUUGUGUCCUGAAAAGAAAGCACUGGAUGCGCGCGUUUACAUUUCAGUACAGAAGCUUCUGAAAAAAAUUAAAAAGCUGCUCGGGUGGAAGGAGGUGGAACCGGGAUCAGCGCCGCGGCGGCGGGACCGACUGGAGCCGAGAGAGAGAGAGAGAGAGAGAGAGAGAGAGAGAGAGAGAGAGAGAGAGAGAGAGAGAGAGAGAGAGAGAGAGAGAGAGAGAGAGAGAGAGAGAGAGAGAGAGUAAAAAUAAACGUCGACUCUCUCUCUUCCUCGUGACAUUUAAAUACGCACCGGCACGAGAAGAGGACACAUCCGGGUCUCCCGGUGAACGCAACGCACGCGGGUGGGAAGUCUCCGUCCCAUGUCGCUAUGGUGACCGACUGAACCGAGGGAGACUGGCGUGCGCAGGAGGAGGAGGGUGACGGCAAAAAAGGCUGCAUGACACCAGACGGGUUUAAACUUUGUUUUGAAAAAGUGGUUGGGAAUUGCUUCCAAUAUAUUUGAUCUAAGCGCGAGGAAAGGAGAAAGAGAGAAAAGUGACACGGUAGAAAGUGACCGCGCGUUCCAUGCGACUCCGGUUCCAGGUCAUUCAAACCGCGCCGCUGCAUUUAAAAGAAGGAAGCUGUCGUGCUGCUUGGACUACUGCUGCGCGCGCGCGGAUCUGGGAGCGUACGUUAUUAAACCACCCCCCUAUCUGUUCUUCUUCUUCUCCUUCCUCUUCUUCUUCUUCUUCUUCUUCUUCUUCUUCUUCUUCUUCUUCUUCAUCUUCUUCUUCUACAUUACUGAUAUAAUCACCAUGCGACUAUCCCGCGCGCUGCUGCUCGUAUGCGCUCUGUUGACGCUCGUGCUGCUAGUGUGCGCACGCCGCGGCGCUGACGCUGCUCACCGUUACCUGAGGCUUCGUCCUUUGCCGAGCGAGCACCUGCCCGCAGGGGAUAUAAUAGAGGACCCGAACCCGGAGUACGACCCGCGCGAGCAGGACCUGUCCGAACGCGCGCUGCGAAAGAAGCUGGGAAGCGGCUUCGACGGCGACUUCAUGUCCGUGAGCGCGCCCACGCAGCUGCUAAUCAUCAACUCCACCGCCACCGCGAGUCCAAGCUCCUCUGCUUACGCGCACGCGCCUAGCGGUGCCAUGCCGGCCGAGAUCAGGAGACUGGACCUGACGCAGACGCCAUACGGGCUCCGUGUGAAGGUGGGCAAGAAGGCUCGGCGAAAGUUCCUGCAAUGGCUGUGGACGCACACGCACUGCCCCGUCGUCCACGUGUGGAAGGACCUCGGCGUGCGCUUCUGGCCGCGUUACGUCAAAGAGGGGCACUGCUUCAGCGAGCGCUCGUGUUCACUACCCGAGGGUAUGAUCUGCAAACCAACAAAGUCCGUCACCAAGAUAUUUCUGCGCUGGUACUGCCAGGGCUUCCUGCCCCAAAAAUACUGCACGUGGAUCUCCGUGCACUACCCCAUCAUCUCUGAGUGCAAGUGUUCCUGCUGAGUCUCUGUGUGUGUGUGUGUGUGUGUGUGUGUGUGUGUGUGUGUGUGUGUGUGUGUGUGUGUGUGUGUGUGUGUGUGUGUGUGUGUGUGUGCCACAGAGAGAGAGAGAGAGAGAGAGAGAGAGAGAGAGAGAGAAUUCAAUAAUAUAAUAUGAGAGAAAGAGAAAGCACGAGAGAAUGCGCGCGCGCCGCGCGUGUGGGCGCACCUCUGUGAAGUUGCACGGACUGAGAUGUGCUCUUCUGAUGACAAACAAUAAAUAAUAGUCAUUAUAAUAAUUUUAUUGUUGCACUGUGUUCUCGCGAACUGAAAUGUGUGUGUGUGUGUGUGUGUGUGUGUGUGUGUGUGUGUGUGUGUGUGUGUGUGUGUGUGUGU